GAGUCUGUGCUCUCUUAUUAAUCAGCAUCAUCUCUCUCUCUCUCUCUAUCUCUCUCUAUCUCUCUCCGACAUUUUCGUUCUGCAAGAAGAGAAGAUGCAGAAUCCGGUGGUUGGGUCUCUCCUCUUCUUCAUCGUGACAUGUCUCGUCUUCACAUCUGUUUCAGGAUCAGAUAUAAACAUCAACGGACCUGACCUCAUCGUCCACAGCACGAACAUCUCCGAUUGCGUCAUCGGAGAAAUCUCCGGCGCCGUCGCCGAGAUUCUCAACUUCGUCGACGAGAGGCUCGCCGUUAUAUAUCCAGCCAUCCAAAAGUUCAAAUCUCUGAUCUCUUCUGAUCCAUUCAACGUGACUGGGACAUGGGUCGGUUCAGACAUAUGCAGUUACCGAGGUUUCUUCUGUGACAACCCUCCCGACAACGGAUCCGCCAUAGCCGUAGCUUCCAUCGAUUUCAAUGGUUUCCAGCUCUCAGCUCCUUCCAUCGAUGGGUUUCUUGAUCAGCUUCCGGAUUUAGCUAUUUUCCACGCCAACACCAACAACUUCGGAGGCGUUGUACCUCCCAAGAUCGCGGAACUCAAGUACCUCUACGAGUUCGACAUCAGCAACAACAGAUUCUCCGGUCCGUUCCCGACGGCGGUUCUCGGUAUGCCCGGUUUAACGUUCUUAGACAUCCGGUUUAACCGGUUUACCGGUUCAGUCCCUCCCCAGAUCUUCACUCAAAACCUAGACGUUCUCUUCAUCAACGACAACGAGUUCACCGCCAACUUGCCGGAAACACUGGGAGAAACUCACAUUCAGUUCUUGACAUUAGCCAACAACAAAUUCAAUGGUCCAAUCCCGAGAGGAAUCCUCAGAGCCAUGUCGACAGUAACCGAAGUUCUGUUCUUGAACAACGAGUUAACCGGCUGUCUGCCCUACGAGCUAGGGUUCUUGAAAGAGGCGAGAGUCCUGGACGUCGGCCAGAACAGAUUAACGGGUCGUUUGCCAAUGUCUCUGACGUGUCUGGAGAAAGCCGAGCAGCUGAAUUUCGCGGGGAAUUUCUUGUUCGGAGCCGUGCCCGAGACAGUGUGCAUGCUACAGAAUCUGGCGAAUUUCUCCUUGUCUGAUAAUUACUUCACGCACGUUGGACCGUUUUGCCGGAUCUUGAUCGAGAGAGGCGUUCUUGAUGUGAGGAACAACUGUAUUCCCUUUCUCCCGAACCAGAGACCGUUCAAGGAAUGUCUAGGCUUCCUUGCAAGACCAAAGUAUUGUUCUCACAUGUGGUUUCACAGUUUUAUUCCUUGUAAAUUCUCUCGCUCGGUUUCUUCUUCUUCUUCUCCCCACUCUUCUUCUCACGUUUUGGCGCCAAAAAUGUCUCCUUCGCCUUAAUUCAGUGCAUUUGAUCAAACAUUUCGUUAGUGGAAAACUUGUUGGCAUGUGUUUUUUGGCUCGAUAUGCAUAUUCUAGAGGGUUCUUUUAAAUGUUGUGACAAAAUAUUACGAGGGCCAUCGAA